AUGAGUCGACCAGAGAACCUGAGUGAUCCAGAACCCUGCGGAACUGCACAUGAAGAUGCUGAAGAACAAACAGACAUUACAAAGAAUGAGAAAAGUGAAGACUAUGAAGUUCAAGGUACACACCAUAACAAACGCAUGAGCAAUCGCACUGGAGAGAACUCAAUCAAAUGUGUUCAAUGCAGCAAAAGGUUUUCUAGGCCUUCACACUUUAAGAUCCAUCUUAGAGUUCAUACGAAGGAGAAACCUUACUCAUGUUCCGAGUGUGGAAAGAGUUUCACACAGCAGUCAAGCUUAAGACAUCACCAGAAGAUCCACGCUGCUGUAAGAAAGUAUACAUGCUCUGAGUGUGAGAAGACUUUUAUUUCAGCUGAUUAUCUGAAACAGCACCAAAGGAUUCACACUGGAGAGAAACCUUAUAAGUGUUUACACUGCGACAAGAGCUUCAGUCAGUUACAAAACAUGAAAAAACAUGAGAGGAUUCACACUGGAGAGAAACCGUACAAGUGUUCACACUGCGACAAGAGUUUCAGUCAGCUUCAAAACCUGAAACAACAUGAGAUGUUUCACACUGGAGAGAAACCGUACAAGUGUUCACACUGCGAGAAGAGUUUCGGCCAGCCAGGACAUCUGAAAACACACGAGAAGAUUCACACUGGAGAGAAACCGUACAUCUGUUCACACUGCGACAAGAGAUUCAUUUGUUCAGAAAACUUGAAAAGGCAUGAGAGGAUUCACACUGGAGAGAAACCGUACAAAUGCUCACACUGCGACAAGAGCUUCAGUCAGUCAGGAUAUUUGAAAACGCAUGAGAGGAUUCACACUGGAGAGAAACCAUACACCUGUGAUCAGUGUCAGAAAAGUUUCACACAGUCUGUGCAGCUCAAGAAACACAUGACAAUCCAUUCUGAAGAUAAACAAAACACAUGAG